AUGGCUGGAAUUACGAAACUUGAACUUCGGACGGCUCUUGGCCCGGUCUAUCGAGAUGUACUACCGAAUCCUCCUCGAGACUGUACGACUGAUGAGAUCCCGAUUAUUGACUUGGCACUUAUGUUUUCCGAAAAGCUUUCCGACCGUAAAAGUGUCGCCGAUAAUAUCAGAUUAGCUGCUACUAAUAACGGCUUCUUCUAUAUCAAGAACCAUGGCAUACCGGAAGAAGUCAUUGCUCAAUGCAAGAAGCAAGUGAUCAACUUUAUGAGACAGCCUCUAGAGAAGAAGAUGCUAGUCGACUCUAGGACACAUAGCAAGUAUUAUAACGGAUACCUUGGAAACCGAAAGGCCCAGAUCUCCCGAACCGAGAGUGUCGACGUCAGAGAGUCAUUUUCAUUUCGGUAUAGCCCGGAGCUCGAUCCAGAUCAUCCAGUGAACGUUUCUGAGCUUCCCGAGGAGGUGAGAUCAUGGAUCCGCGCAGAAGACUUCGUGUGGGAGGGUACAGAGCAUUUGCCAAAUUUUAAGGAGGACGCUCUCGCAUAUUGGAGGAGUUGCUUGACUCUAGCUAGGAGGCUAGUUAGGGCAUUUGCUCUUUCGCUAGACCUAAAAGAAGAUUAUUGGGACGACAAAGUCACACACCCAGGAGCAGAUGGUGUCUUCAAUUACUAUCCGCCCAGGACCGUAGAAGAAGUCGAAAAUAAACGGGUGGGUGGUUUGCAAGUGCUGUCUAGAGAGGGACAAUGGCUGAGGGCACCUCCAAUUGAAGGAACUCUUGUUGUCAACAUUGGCGACUUCAUGAUGCGGCUCUGCAAUGACAUUUAUAAAUCCACUGUUCAUAGAGUCACAAACGAGUCCGGUGGAGAACGCGUCUCUCUACCAUUCUUCUUUGGUCUUAACUUCAACUGCGUCGAGGGCGUUGUUCCCUCGUGUACCUCGGAGAAUAAUCCUGCCAAAUACAAACCCAUCUCCUGCGGCGACUGGUGUCAAAUGAGAUUCAAGAUCGAGAGAGAUGAAUUUCUCAAAAACCAAGAAGCCAAAAAAGGCAGUAGCUCCAAGUGCUACCGUGGUAGCUAUGUAGAUGAGGUAUUUCGAUUCAUUGUACCCGAUUCUAUUAGAGACCUUUUGAACGAGUUCAAGGACGUCAAAGAAGGCUUCGCGUUCAGGUUUAAGCGUUUUGAGACCAAGUCCAACGAGGAGAUCCCGAUUCUCGCCCGAGUUUUUCCUUGCGAUGUGACUAGCGAUUUGAACAGCAUACAGCUGGGCUAA